AUGACCGUCCCCUGCUGUCCAUCCCGGCCUCGGCAAGGUUACUGGGGCCAGUUUUCCCUCAAAGGGCUAAACAUCAAAGUCAAAUCCCCCAAGAAACAGUCAUUUCCAGAAGAACCGGCAGGCAUUCCCCUGUAUUUCUGGGGCAAGGGCUUCCGAAGCCGUCUCGGGAGGCUGCUAGGCCGUAAGCCAAGGCACCCCGUUCACGCCGGUUACUCGGAAGCGAGAUGUCUUGUCGGUGACGGCAAGGUGGCUGACCUGGAAGCCCUGUCACGUCAGGCUGGCCACUUGGUUGCCCGAGUCUUUGCCGAUGUCGAACAAACUUCAGAAGACUCAACCCUGGACAAAGAAGGAUCAUUGUCCACUUCAGGGCCAGGGCCCUCGGCGGUCCACCUCCAGCUGUCUCCCGAUCUUCAGCGCUGGAAAGAAGAUCAGCAUGGGGCCGGAAACAUUCUGCCACCAAAGGGGACUGGCCUGAGCAAGGCUUCGGAGGAAACCUUGAAGCUGUUUGGGGCAGAGAACUGGCCUGAAGCCAUGAAGACGAACAAUGCCCUGUUUGGCUGUGGCAUCGCCAGCCUGCUCAUGGGUGCUGCUGACCCGUCAACCAUGUUCUCCAACUACGUGACUGACAUGGCUUUUUACUACGAACACGGCUACAACUACGUCUUUCCCUCUCUUGAACAGAUGUAUCAGAAAGGCCUUGCAGACCCGCAUGCCUUGGGCACCAUGGGCGGCCGUGAGAGACGAGACGCCGUCCGCGUGGGCAUGAGAUACAUCCAAGGCAAAAUUGCACUCGAGACGAAGCACAAGGCGCACUUGACAACCCAGUCAGCCCGCCUCGACCGACGCUCGGCACAAAUCAUCUCCCUUUCCGAGAGUAGCCUGCUCGGAAUGGCCGCCGAGGCCAUAGCGCGGGGUUUCGAUGCCGGUGCCGUUAUGGCGGACCUGGUCUUUAGCUCGCCAGGUACCGAUGUCGUCGACGUGGGAUGCGACCUUGUCAACUCGGAGGUCAUGAACUCGUUCCUGAAUGUCGCAGACGUGACAGAUACAGGUAUCGUGAGCGAAGACGUUCUGCGAAGAGUUUACGAUGCCUACGCUGCAGUUGGAGCUAGGCUGUUGACUCAGAGGUGGCAUGAACCUGUGGCUAGAAUGUGCGCUGCGCUGUACACAUGGCACAUUCAAAACGAUCGGCAUUUCUUUUUCCGGCGAGCACUUCUUGGCUGGCCCAAAGCCCGCAAGGCACCUGCUCGACCCCAGUUGGAGGCGGAUUUCGACGAGGUCUUUGACAAGGAAUACCACACAACAGGUUUCAGCAGGCCUCUGGACCCCAAGUUUGCAUGCAACAGCGAGGAAACAUGUAAUCAUGUGGAGUACUUUCUUGACACCAACCAAGAAGAGCCGGUACUUCGAGACCUCUGGUGGUUCCUUGUUACAGGCCCACUCGAGUAUGUUAGAGGAGGCAAGGUUGACGAAGAGCAAGAGAAGAAGUUUGUCGAGGGCUCAAGGCUUUGCAUGGCCAAGUUAUUCUCCCGAGGGUCUGUGUUGGAGAUGGUAUGGGUGAUUGCUCAUGCAAACCAUCACGCCUGGCAGGUAAACUACCUGUUUGAGGCAGCCAUGUUUGGUAGCAUUCUUGAUGGUGGUACAUUGAUUGGCAAGCUUGAUAGGAAAGAGAUAUAG